UCGUGAUGGAUUCACUCCAAAGGCGUUUUACAAGAUAUGUAAUCAACAAGCCAACACUGUGGUUGUAUUAAAGGUCAAUGGUACAGGGGAAAUCCUCGGUGGAUAUAAUCCCAAUCCUUGGGAUAAGCAACAAUACAGAGGAUGGAAUAGAACUGAAGAGAGUUUUGUCUUUUCAUUUGGGGCAACUGGUUCUAUUUUGAGUCGUGUGACACACCCAGAGCAAGCGAUAUUCGAAUCUUACUUUGACGGUAAUGGUCCAAAUUUUGGAGGUGGCGUUCUCAGGAUGAAGGAUAAUUUCAAAGAGGAUAAGUCUUGUGUUUGUAUGCAUCACAAAGGAUAUGAGAGGCCCAUCAGAACUUCGAAGGCUCAAUUUUCGGUAGACGAGUAUGAAUCAAUUACUAUCAAACGACAAGAGGGAUUUGAGAAAGUAGAACGAAAGGGAAUAAUUAUUGACAAAGAAGUACUACGCGAAGUUUACCUCAAAUUUUGCGAAGGUGAGCCUAGGAUCUCUGCUAAAUAUCGCUUAGUCGAUGGGAAUUGA